AUGAAAGACAUGGACAAUAUCAAAACUGUAAAGAAAGAAUGGAUGUGUAAAUCGGGAACCGAUGAUCAGAUUUUGACUGGAACAGAACAAAACUGUGACUACUUUGUAGAUAACCUUUUUGAAGAAGCUCAGAAGGUUGGUGCUAUAUGUAUGCCCCCAGCUACAGUCAAGAACCAGGUUGAUGUAAUCAUUAAACUUUGGAAAAAUGGGUUUACAGUAAAUGACAGCGAACUUAGAAGCUACAGUGAUGCUGCUAACCAGCAGUUCUUGGACUCGGUUAAAAAAGGGGAACUGCCUUUUGAACUACGAAAAGUUUUUGAUCGGGAGGAGGUAGAUGUGAAAGUAGAAGACAAAAAAGAUAAGGUAUAUUUGUCAUCGAAAAAGCCAGUGUUUCAUCCCUUUUCUGGACACGGUUACAGAUUAGGGAGUGCUACUCCAAGGAUAAUAUCUAAAGGAAGAGACGAACAUCAAGGACCCGACAACAAAAGAGGCCUGCCAUUAGUAUCCUUAAAUGAUUUGGAGCCUAUCACUAACAUCCAGAUCUGGUUAGCUGAUGGGGAAAGGAUAAUUCAGAAAUUCAAUGUUUCUCACAGAAUAAGUCACGUCAGAGACUUCAUAACAAAGUACCAAGGAUCAGAGGGAAACAUGCCCUUCACACUGACUACUUCGCUGCCUUUUCGAGAGCUGCAAGACGAGACCCUCACACUAGAGGAAGCAAAGUUGCAAAAUGCUGUUGUCGUUCAGAGACUUCGGAAAACAACUGAACCUUUCAGGCUCUUAAUGAUAAAAGCACCUGACAAUGACUAUAAAACUGCUGCUACAGCUAACAGUCAACCUAAGAAUGAACAAAAGAACACUAUCAAAAGUACAAGAUCAAAUUAG